AUGGUUAUGCCUGCCACAACCAUUUGUAUGCCAUGGAAACGGAAAAUCAAGAGAAACCGAAGACCAAACAACGACAUAGCUCGCCAACUAGCUGAACUCCAAGCUCGUGAAGCUGCGGCCUCCAGUUCAAUCAUCAACAAUGUCUUAAUGCAUAUGGCGGAACCGGAUGAUGACGACAAAGAUCGCCAAGGUGCCCCUCACGGUCUAGAUCCACAAGUCAAAUACAACAAUCUCAAUCGUACAAACUCAGGAAGAAAUCCUUUCUCUGAUGAUGAUGAAAGUGACUAUGACGGAAACGGAAAUCUAAAUCAACUUCAGCGCGAGUCGUACCAGGACAGAAUCCUUUGGGAAGAAGAACAAUGGCGAGAGGUGUUGCCUGCUAUGUACAUACAAUUCAUUAAGUGCUCUCGGAAAACUUUCCAGUGGGGGCAUCCUCAGUUAUGGAAUCAAGACUGGAAGGAACCUUGUUGGUGCUCCGGUACGAGGCUAAGACCACCCAAAAAGAUUGUCGUAUUCGAUAUUAUGUGUACGUUUGUCUUUCGUUACCUGAUGAAUCGAUAA